AUGGAGAAGAACAACAGCAAAGUCUGCUGGAUUUGUGAUAAGUGGUUCUCCAGUGGGAAAGCCUUUGGAGGCCACAUGAGAUCUCACUACGUCAAAUUGCCGAUUCCUCCAAAGCUUGAAACUAACAAUCAAGUACAAGAUGAUUCAGCCAAUUCAACUCAGCAUCCCAUUCAAUCUGCUUCCUCACUGAAUUUCGGAUCUAUGAAACGCAACUCGUCUGACAUCUCUGCAAGCUCAAACAGAGAAAACAAAUCUAAGUCCUACCCACAAAACCCAACCCCCAAAAGAUCUAAAUGCCUCCGCGAAAAAAAUGCAGCGGCCGAUACAAAAUCCCAGUCAGAACAAACAAGUCCAAUAAGUGAAACUAAAAUUCCUCGGGGUGCUUGGAUAGUGUGGGAUUUUUACAAAUUAGCACAGCAAGAGGAAGAGGCAAAGGCACAAAAAAUAAAGGAAAUCAACGAAAUGAAGGCAAAAGACAGUGGAAGCGGGAGACAUGACUUGCUUGCUCAAGCUGACUCCCAAACCAGGUUCAAGUGUGAGAGGUGUGGAAAAGUGCUCAGAUCUUUUCAAGCACUUGGUGGGCACAAAGCACACUGCAGAAUUGAGAAAGAUGGUGACUUUAUUGAUCAGAAACCUUUUCAAUGCCCAUACUGCAACAGAAUGUUCAAGAAUGCUCAAGCACUUGGGGGACACAGGAGGGUACACUUUUCCGUUGCUAAUGAGUUUUGA